ACAUCUAGACGUGUUCAAAUUACAAAUCAAUAUAAAAGGGAGUAGAGAUUGAAAGCAGAAACCACAUUCACCCUGGCUCUUCUAUCUUGCCUCCCUCCGAAAACCCUCUCCCUACAGGAAUGGAUCCCUUCGUUUCUGACACCACCGGUCCUGUGACAACCAGCCCCAAAACUCAGGGACAAGAGGAAGAGGGCCUUGGAACCGACCCCUCCUUCAAUUCCCUUACCACUGAGUCCGUCGGCGCGAGCCCCGACGCGGAGGGCGGCGCCGCCGCCACACAGGCGGACGAUGAGGCGGAGAGUGGGGCGCCCGGCUCCCCUUCCCCGCCCCGACCGCCGCCGAGCAUCUCCGCGCGCCGCGAUCCUCUCAGGGCCGCGUGCUUCCGGAGGCUGGCCGCCUCCUGCGAAGCCCGCCGACUCCGCGAGGCGGCGCUCCUCCGUGCGUCUAAACCGCCCGCGGAGAAGGCCGAGGACCCCGACGAGCCAAUCUGGCCACCAAGAAGCCGCUAUUGGAGGCGCUUCGUGGAACUAAAAACUAUGGGGUCCAGGCCGGCUAAUCCUGUGCCCAACCCUGAUGAGAGUUCAUUAUCUCAUAUCAAGAGCCAAGAUAUGUUAGCUGACAAGGUUGUGGACCAAUGGGAUGACAGUGACACUGAAAACUCCUCUGGAAGUGCAUCAUAUCAAGUUGUUCCUUACAAGAAUGUCCAGGGAGAAAACAACUUACCUGUGCUGUCUAAAAAAAGAAAAUUCAUUAUCAGUACAUAUUCUGUGCAAUGUAGUACUUGCCAGAAAUGGAGAGUUGUACCAUCCAAACUGAAAUAUGAGCAAAUCCGAGAGAAUAUUAUACAAGUUCCUUUUUCUUGCAAAUAUGUCCAUGGGUGGAAGCCACAAGUUACAUGCCAUGAUCCAACUGAUAUAUCUGAGGAUAAUGGCAUGGCAUGGGCAAUUGAUAUCCCAUGCAUCCCUCAGACCCCUCUUGGGUGGGAAAGGAAUAUUACUCUAAGGAAUGAACAGAGCACGAGAUUCGCUGAUGUGUACUAUAUCUCUCCCACAGGCAGAAAAGUAAGAUCCAUGAAAGAUGUCGAAAGGUAUCUUGAAGACAACCCAGACUAUGCUGCCCGCUUACAGUUAUCUCAGUUUUCGUUCAGGGUACCUAAACCUCCAAAUUGCCCUCGUCAGUCAGACCUUAUUGAACCAACUGAAGUGCUACCUCCGGUUCACGAGGAUCCGGUGCACAACUACAUGCCGGCCCCUCAUGGAGAAGCCAAUCAUUUAACUCAUAUACCAGUUAUACUAGCUCUACAAGUACCAGUGAUGCUCUCCAAAAAGAGAAAACUAAACCAGUGAUGCUCUCCAGAAAGAAAGAAAAAUGCUCUAUCAAGUAAAAAGAACCGGAGGAAGUACGCUGCCACCGCCAUGCGAGCGAGCCUACGCGUUGCCGGCUGGCUGGCUGCCGCACCGUCUGCCAAGCUGCCCGCCAUGCUGGCUAGCCAUGGCCGCAGCCGUGCCUAGGCUUGUGCUUGGUGGGGAAUUUUAGAGGUAUGAGUUGUAGGAGAUGGAACUGACAUGUGGGCCCCUUAGGUUGACGGUCAAAGUAACGGUGUUGGCUAUUUCAGCCCGGACGGGUGGGCCUAGCUUGUCAUAAUCAGGUUUAAUCCACCAUUUUUUAUACUUGGUAGUUUUUAAUAAGGGAUUAGGAAAAAAGUGGUAAUUUUCGGCACAAAUUCGUAAAGUGGUGGUUUAUGGGCACGGAUCCAUGAAUUGUGGUAGUUUUUGGUUAAAUACUCCUCCAGCUUAGCUGGAACUGAGAAAGUUUUUGGGACAUCGACAUCAACAGAGGAAUGUUGUUGCAGAAAGUUAUUGAAACUGACACAUUGCUUUUACCUCA